CUCGGGUGAUGUUUCCGAGAGUAGCCUGAGCGAUUGUAAUUGCGUACUGAAUGCACGCAAUAGCUUGUGUGGAACGUGUUCGGUUAGUCAUUAAGUGGAAUUAAUAAUUAUUUUAUGUAAUUGUACAAAUAAGAUCGUAUGAUCUUGCCUUACAUGUGAAAUAUGAAAAUAAGGGGUCCUUAUAAAAAGUAUAUGGAGAAUGGAAUUCCUAAAUCAACUUAUUUCUUACGUCUCAAAAAAGGUAGACAAUUACUUGUUGAUGAAGUUCAAAACGCAGAUGUAAGUAUUAAAUCACAUUUUCAUUACUUUUAUCAUGUUUCUUCUGUCAUAAACAUUUAUUUAUUAUCAAAAAAUUAAGAAUAUUCUUUUAUAAACAUUUAUUCAUUAUUUUAAAAAAUUAAUUCAAAACAAAAUUAUCAUUAAUUUUGAAAUAGUUGUUAUAAACAAAAAAUGCUGUAAAAGUAAUUGUUGAAGUUUCUAUGUGUUACUAUUUUUAUACAGGAAAUAGAAUCUGGAAGUAGUUAUCAAGGUUCUAGUAAUAUGGAUAUUAUCGGUGAUGAAAUUAUUGGUGAACAACAUAAUGUUUAUGAAACAGGUCAGAGUGCAAUGAGCGAAUGUGCUGAAGAUAAUGAUAAUACUGGUUCAGACAGAGAGGAAAAUAAUGAAAAUCUAUCAGAGGAAAAUAAUCAGUCAGAAAACAAUAAAGAAAAUGAAAAUCCUCCAGAACACGACAACAACGAAUAUGGUUUUGAUGAUGAAAUAACAUAUGAUAACCAUCAAGUAAGUAAUGAUUUUAAAACUGUGACAGUUUAUAACGUUCCGAAUUAACAACAUAUCAUCAUGUAGUUAUUUUUAUGUAUUAAGUAUUUGAUUUUUAAUAUACAUUACUUUUAGAAAUGUUUAACAAAAAGUAAUAUGCAAGUAAAAUAUUAACUUUAAUUAUGUCAUUAAAACAUUGUGUAAUUUUUAAACAAUCAUUAUUCUCAGGAACGAGGUGCUCCACUAUACGAAUCUUGCAGCUUAACAUUAGAAGAAAGUGAAUUGCUCAUUAUGAAUUUUAUAAUUCGUCACAACAUCACUGAUGUCGGAUUAGAAGAUCUUUUAUCUCUCAUUAACUGUCAUCUUCCUACGAUAGUGCACAAAUCGAAAUAUCUUUUUUUAAACAAAUUUCCAAAAACUGCUAACAUUGUAACACAUUUCUACUGCAUUAAUUGUUUCACUUUAUUCGAUUUUGUUGGGAAAAACAUAAAUACAAAAUGUCCCGAUUGCCGUAAAAAGUACAACCAGAAAGUAUUGCAACACGAUGGAAAUUUUUUUAUACAACUUCCACUUAAAGAACAAUUAAGUAAUGUAGUUAGUAGUUAUUAUAAUAAGUUUCAGAGAAUGACACUAAUUACAUAUCAGAUAUUUGUAGUGGAAGUGUGUACAAAUCAUUACAGCGUAAAAAUAAAAUUUCCGAUCUCGAUAUUACACUUCAAUGGAAUACGGAUGGGGUAGAAGUGUUUAAAUCUUCUAAAGUAUCUAUGUGGCCUAUUCAAGUUGCAAUUAAUGAGUUACCGUACCGUGACAGACGAAACUCUAUUAUUUUAUGUGGAUUAUGGUACGGAACGGUGAAAUCAAACAUGCAGUUGUUCCUAAAGCCAUUUGUAAACGAUUUAAGAGAUUUACACUAUUACUAACGAUAUUACUUUUACUCCAUCUGGACAAAUAGAUCGUAUAACAAUAAAAGUGCACACUCUUCUUUCCCCAAUCGAUUCUGUUGCUAGACCAGUCGUUCAGUAUAUUUCCCAAUAUAAUGGGAAAUUUGGAUGUAGCUUGUGUUUUAAUAAAGGAGAGAGAAUGCGAGUUGGGAAAGGCCAUGCACGUGUCUUUUGCGGCGGAAUAGGAAUUAAGAGAUCGAAAAAAAAACAUGAAAAACAUGUAGAAAAAGCAAUUACUGAAAAACGGCGAGUGUUUGGAGUUAAAGGUUUUUCACUAACAAUGUUUAUACCUUUGUUCAAUAUUAUAUAUUCCUUUCUGCCCGAAUAUAUGCACUGUGUAUUGCUAGGUGUUUGCAAAACAUUUGCCACUAUGUGGUUUGAUUCAAAGAAUUUUCAGAAACCGUGGUACAUAGGAACAAGAGUUAAUUUGUAUGAUCAAAAAUUGAAGAAAAUUAUGCCUUGUCACGAAAUUUCUAGAACUACUGACUCUAUUGAAAACUUCGGAUUGUGGGAAGCAUCUCAGUGGAAACACCACUUACUUUAUUACUCGCUUGUAUGUUUGAAAGAUAUAUUACCUUUACGUUAUUACAAACACUGGCUGCUUUUAGUUUUUAGUAUUUAUACUAUCCUAAAGGAUAGAUUUAGUAUUCAGGAAUUCAGGUCUGCUAAACGAGCUUUGCAACAAUUUGUUGAAGAUACUGAAACUCUAUACGGAAAGGAGUAUAUGAAAUACAACAUUCAUCUUCUCCUUCAUAUCCCAGAUAGUGUAAAACAGUUUGGUGCUUUAUGGGCUUGGUCGGCGUUUCCGUUUGAGCAUUACAAUGGUAUUUUAACCAAAAUGUUUCACAAUUCUCAGAGCGUUCCUCAACAAAUUUGUAAAUCUUAUUUAAGUUUGCAAAACAUUAAGAACAGUACUAUUUUUCUUCAACAAAAUUGCAGUGUAUCAGGAAAAUCACUGUUUAAUAAAAUGUUUGGGGACUCAAAUAUUGAUAAGUAUCUUCAUUUUGGGCUUUUAAAAAUUUGUGGAUGUGCUCAACAUGUGGAAUUAUCUGUUAUAGAGCAACAUUUAAUAACAGAAGUUUUAGGAGAAGAAAUUAUGACUAAUGCGUGCAGCUACGAUCGUUUCAUUUAUAAAAACAUAUUGUGUCAUUGCAGUGAUAGACAACUGAAAAGAAGACAUAACAGUACUGUCCAAACUAGAGAUAAGAUAAUUGACAUAUGCAACAUUCUAACUGUUACAACCGCAAACAGUCAAAUUAAACAAUGUGUUAUUAUAGGAAAAGUGUUUGAAGUAUUGAACAAAGUACUUUGUACACAUGGAGCAAUUUCUUCUAAUUCAUUUUCUACAGUAGUCAUGUUAACUGAGAACAAAAUGUGCUGUUUACCAGAGAAUUUAUUACGGAAAUGUAUUCUUAUACCCUAUAUUGAUAACAAGACAUUUGUUAUUAUUCCUAUUGUAAAUCUUGUCGAAACUGAUUGAAAAAGUUAAUAAAAUAAAUAAAAAU